AUGCCGACACCAGCCUUAGAGUGCUUGAUAACCCUCUUUGGAUGGAGUGAUAUCAGCAAGAACGUGGCCAAUCAUUUCUGGCUUGAUUUGAACUUUGAAGAAAACGUGGCCAACAUAGAUGCCGAUAUCUAUAUCAACAAAUUCUGGAAGGACAACCAUAUAGCGGAGGUGUGUCUUGACAACUGGUGGAUGAACGUCUGCCUGGCCCUCAACAGCCUGACGAGCCUUCUUCAGCUUCUCGAUAAGAUGAACGUGCUUAAGAUCGAAUGA